AUGAGCAAUUUUGAGAAAUUGAGUUCUAACAAAGUAAACGGCGGCUGGUUAGAUAAAUACAAGUUUAAAAGCGACAGCCUCGGCGGUUUAGACACUCAGAUAAACGUCUACUUACCACCGAAUGCUAAGAAUGCACCUGUACUUUACUACCUCUCUGGCUUGACCUGUACCGAGGACAAUGCCGCACAAAAAGGUGCAUUCUUUGAGGAAGCAGCUAAACAAGGUAUCGCCCUUGUGUUCCCAGAUACGAGUCCAAGGGGUGCAGGCGCACCGGGUGAGGAUGAUUCCUACGAUUUUGGUACAGGUGCAGGAUUCUACGUCGACGCUACCACACCUGAGUUUAGUAAGCACUACAACAUGUACACUUAUAUUACAAAAGAGUUACCAGGGAAGUUGAAGCUUAGCGGUUUGCCACUCAACGUAGACAACGCUUCAAUUAGCGGUCACUCAAUGGGUGGUCAUGGUGCCAUCACUAUCUACCUCCGAGAAUUCGGAAAGUACAAAUCAGCCUCAGGAUUUUCAGCGAUUCUCAACCCAACCGCUUGCCCAUGGGGUGAGAAAGCAUUCAAUGGUUACUUUGGUAGUUUGGAUGCCGGCAAGGAACAUGACGCAACUCACCUCAUCAAGCAAGCACAAGGAAAGGAUCCUAAGAUCUUACUAGUACAGGGUUCCGGAGACAAUUUCUACAAGCAAGGUCAACUUUUGCCGGAGAAUUUUGUAUCGGCAGCAAAAGAGGCAGGAAUCAAUGUUGAUUACAGAUUGGAAGAUGGUUACGAUCACAGCUACUACUUUAUUUCAACUUUCGCACCAGAGCAUGUACGCUUCCACGCCAAGUAUUUGAAUUGA